AUGUCAGGCAUCACAGAUUUUCUCGGGCGGGCCAUCUCGACGGUCAAGAAGGCCAUCGACGCCGACAACGCCCAAGAGUACGCCAAGGCCUUUCAACUCUAUACCAAUUCCAUCGAGCUCUUCAUCCUCGCGGCGAAGUGGGAGAAGAAUGCAAAGUCCAAGGAGAUGAUACGCCAAAAGGCCGCCGAGUACAUGGACCGCGCUGAGAAGCUCAAGGUGUACCUUGCCGAAGCAGAAGCCAAAACGAACGGCAACGGAAACGGCGGGGGAAAAGCGGGCGGCGGUGGCGGCGGCGGCGGCGGCGGCGGCGCAAAGAAGGAGAAGGCGGCGGGAGGGUUGGACGAGGACACGGAGAAGUUGCGAAAUGCGCUGCAGAGCAUCGUCAUCACGGAGAAGCCCAACGUUCGAUGGGACGAUGUUGCGGGGUUGGAGGAGGCCAAGGAGACGCUGCAGGAGGCUGUUAUCCUCCCGAUAAGGCUCCCGUCCAUGUUUACUGGUAACAGGCAGCCUUGGAGGGGCAUCUUGCUCUACGGACCGCCGGGUACGGGUAAGAGUUACCUUGCCAAGGCUGUCGCGACGGAGACGGGUGGCUCGUUCUUCAACGUGAAGAGUUCCGAUCUCGUUUCCAAGUGGAUGGGUGAAUCAGAAAAACUCAUUAAACAGCUCUUUGCCAUGGCCCGCGAAUCGAAGCCCGCGGUCAUCUUCAUCGACGAAAUCGAUGCCCUGUGCAGUGCCCGAGGUGAGGGCGGCGAAUCCGAAGCUUCUCGACGCAUCAAGACCGAGUUCCUCGUGCAGAUGGAGGGUGUUGAUAACAACAACCAGGGCAUCCUGGUCCUGGGCGCGACCAAUUUGCCGUGGGGUCUGGACUUGGCUAUGAGACGACGUUUCCAGCGCAUCGUCCACAUUGGUCUGCCUGGGCCUGCUGGCCGCGCGAAGUUGUUCCGACUCGCUGUCGGAAACACGCCCUCGACGUUGUCCCCACAGGAUUACAACACGCUUGCGGGCAUGGCGGAGGGAUACUCUGGUAGCGAUAUCACGAAUGUUUUGGUGGAUGGUGCCCAAAGAUACACGCCCUGCUCGCCCGGCGACCCCGAAGCUCUGGAAAUGAGCUACCUUGAUAUCAAGGACGACGAACUCGCGACCCCUCUUGUAGAGCUUCGCGACGUCAUCAAGGCUUUGAAGCAGUCUCAUCCCACAUCGACGCCCGAAUCUCUUCACAAGUACAUUGAGUGGACGCAAACAUCGGGCAGCGAGGGGUCGUAG